GAGCUGCAGCGCAAAGCCCUCGCGGGGCGAGAAACACAACUCGGUGCCCGCCAUCCCGCCACGCUUGGGUCGAUCAACAACCUUGCUUUGGUCCUGAAGCAGCAGGGAAAGCUUGAUGAGGCGGAGGAGCUGCAGCGCAAAGCCCUCGCGGGGCGAGAAACACAACUCGGUGCCGACCAUCCCGAGACGCUGACGUCGAUCAGUCACCUUGCUGUUGUCCUGCAGCAGAAGGGAAAGCUAGAUGAGGCGGAGGAGCUGCAGCGCACAGCCCUCGCGGGGCGAGAAACACAACUCGGUGCCGACCAUCCCAAGACGCUUGAGUCGAUCAGUCACCUUGCUGUUGUCCUGGAAGAGCAGGGAAAGCUAGAUGAGGCGGAGGAGCUGCAGCGCAAAGCCCUCGCGGGGCGAGAAACACAACUCGGUGCCGACCAUCCCGAGACGCUGCAGUCGAUCAGUCACCUUGCUGUUGUCCUGGAAAAGCUGGGAAAGCUAGAUGAGGCAGAAGGGCUGCACCGGCGAGCCUUGGAAGGGAAAGAAUCCCAACUGGGACCCCAACACCCGGACACGCUCACUUCAGUGCACAACUUGGCCGUUCUCUUGCAGAAGCAGGGCAAGCUGGAGGAGGCCGAGCAGCUGUAUCGAAGAUCGUUGAAUGGACGGGAAUCUCAGCUCGGCUUCGGGCAUCCUGACACCCUCCGCUCGGUCUUUAAUCUGGCAGACCUUUUGGAGGCUAAAGGCUCCUUCAUGGAGGCGGGCCAGCUAUAUGUCCGACAUUUGCAAGGUUUGGAGGAGCUCCAUGGUCCGAAUCACGCACUGACCCAACGAAGCCGCAGCAACUUGGAGCGAUUCCAACGAGAGCAUGGCCCAGUUGGCUGA